AAAAUGAUAUAAAGUAAUAUUCAAAUGAAAAGAACACUGGCUAAUGGUUGGUUAUAGCACACACGCACUCAUACAUGAUGGAGUGCCUUCACAAGCACUCAUACAUGAUGGAGUGCCUUCACAAGCACUCAUACAUGAUGGAGUGCCUUCACAAGCACUCAUACAUGAUGGAGUGCCUUCACAAGCACUCAUACAUGAUGGAGUGCCUUCACAAGCACUCAUACAUGAUGGAGUGCCUUCACAAGCACUCAUACAUGAUGGAGUGUCUUCACAAGCACUCAUACAUGAUGGAGUGCCUUCACAAGCACUCAUACAUGAUGGAGUGCCUUCACAAGCACUCAUACAUGAUGGAGUGCCUUCACAAGCACUCAUACAUGAUGGAGUGUCUUCACAAGCACUCAUACAUGAUGGAGUGUCUUCACAAGCACUCAUACAUGAUGGAGUGCCUUCACAAGCACUCAUACAUGAUGGAGUGCCUUCACAAGCACUCAUACAUGAUGGAGUGCCUUCACAAGCACUCAUACAUGAUGGAGUGCCUCCACAAGCACUCAUACAUGAUGGAGUGCCUUCACAAGCACUCAUACAUGAUGGAGUGCCUUCACAAGCACUCAUACAUGAUGGAGUGCCUUCACAAGCACUCAUACAUGAUGGAGUGCCUUCACAAGCACUCAUACAUGAUGGAGUGCCUUCACAAGCACUCAUACAUGAUGGAGUGCCUUCACAAGCACUCAUACAUGAUGGAGUGCCUUCACAAGCACUCAUACAUGAUGGAGUGCCUUCACAAGCACUCAUACAUGAUGGAGUGCCUUCACAAGCACUCAUACAUGAUGGAGUGCCUUCACAAGCACUCAUACAUGAUGGAGUGCCUCCACAAGCACUCCUACACGGUUGA